AUGCCUAUCAAACCCAACAUGUCUCAGAUUGAGAAAUUUGAUAUGCUGAAAUUGAAGACAGAAACACAAGAGAAAAAUCCACUGCCUUCAAAAGAAACCAUUGAACAGGGGAAGCAAACAGGCAAAUCAUAA